AUGGGACAUAAUUCAACAAAAUUAUCUAAUAGAAAAUUUAAAAAAACCAAUAAAAAUAAAAAAAUUUUCUGUUGUCUAUGUACAUCUCAUUCAUUAACAAAUUCACUUUCAUCAUUAUCAUGUUCAAUCGAUGAAAAAUAUUUUCCAACAUUUGAUCGAAUUGUAUCAAAUAAUAAUCAUUAUUUAGUAUCAAUAGAAAAUAUAGUCAUAAAUGUAUCCGAUAAUAAAAAUCAAUCGAAUAAAAAACUAAAUACAACUAAUAUUAAUCAAUGGAUUAAUUCAUUACCUAUUCUUGAAUCAAUAUCAUUAAAUCAUACGAAUAUUAAUCAAUCACAAUUAAUACAAGAACAUAAUUUAACUAAUGAUAAUGAACAACUUUCACAUAUUUUAGCAAUAAAAUCUAAUCGUGAAUUUUUAAAUGUAAUAAAAAAAUUUCAAUUAAAUUUUUAUUUAGAAGAUUAUCAAAAUCGUUUAAAAAAUUCAAAAAUAAAACAAACAUUUAAACAACAUUUUUCAUCAUCAACAAUUAUUAAUCCAUCGAAUCGUAUUAAUCAAUUAUUAAUUGAUGAUUUAAAUUUAUUUAUAAUAUCAUCACCUGAAUCAAUUUUACCUAAUUUAUUCAUAAAUACAAAUAAUUCAUUUAAAAUUCAUGAACAAUUACGUUCAAAAUGUUAUUUUAUACCAUUAACUUAUUACCAAAUUGAACCUAAUGAUGAUGAAUAUAAACAAAAAUCUAUUCCAUUGGAUCGUACUCAUGUUGUUAUUACAUUAGAAAAUAAUCAAACAACAAACACAAAUAAAACAUCUGUGGAAUAUGAACCACUAUGUAUAUUUACAUCAAAUGAUUCAUUUCAAACAGGAUUUAUUCAUAUUAAUCAAGAAAAUAUUUCAAAAGAAUUUCUGCCAUUUAUUUCCUAUUAUUCAGAAGACAAUGUUUCUUAUUUAUCAUCAAAUUUAAUUCAACAAUGGUUUAAUACAUUAAUACUUGUUAAUCAAACAUGUAAUAUUGUUCAACAGUUUUUAAAAGGAGAUGGACGUCAUAUUACCUGUCUUCUCAAAGAACAAACGAAUAAUCAAUCGAAUAAGGAGAAUUUAUCUUCAUCUCAAAGCAAUUUAAUAUUUGCUGCUUUACGUCUACCAUCAUGUAAAUAUUUCCAGGAUAUGUCUUCAACGAAUAUUCAAGAAGAAAAAUCUGACAAAAUUUCUGAUGCAUUUUCUCCAAUAUUUUUAUCUGAUAAUAAAAAAAUUUCAAGUGAUUUUGUUCAUAUUGAUUAUGAACAAUAUUCCUUUGCAUUUAUACUUCAUCGUUGGCCAAAAAUUUUAAUUGAUAAUUAUUAUAUACAUCCAAAUCGUUAUUCAAAACGUCAAUGGCCAUCACAGUAUGAUAUGAAUAUAAUCAUAAAAAAAUCUUUAUUACUUAUACCUGAUUCUAUUACUAAUCAUAAAUGGAAAAUAAAUUUUGAUUUAAUUGAAGAAAAUUUAUUUGAAUUAAUGAAUGAAUCAACAUUAUUUUUUUAUAUGUUAUGUCAACAAUUAUUUUCUCAAACAUAUUCAAUACGUAUAAUAAUUAAACAUUGUUUUUUAAAUUAUUGUGAAAAAUAUGGUUUACCAUUUUCAAAUAAUCACAAUAAUAUUUUGGAUUUAAUAAAUCAUUUUUUAAAAGAAUUAUCGGAACAAAUAAAUAAAAACUUUUUUCCAAAUUAUUUUAAUCAUGAAAUAAAUCUAUUGAAUUCAAAUGAAAAUUAUAAUCAAUGGUUUGAUUAUAUAAAUAAAUUUAUUUCAAAUCGUAUUGAUGUUUCUUCGUUUUUAUCAUCAUCAUUAAUAACAAUAUCAAAUCGUUCAAUAAUUAUUGAAUUUUUAUUUUAUUUUAUUGAUCAAUUAUAUCAAACACUUCAUAUAAAACAAUCACAAUUUUAUUUAAAUGAUAAUAUUCUAUUAGAUUUACAUAAACACUUAUGUGAAAAAUUAUCUAAUGAUAAUCAGAAUAAAUUAUCACAGAAAUUUAUGAAUGAUUUAUUGAAUAAUAAACAAAUUAUUACAAAUAUACAAAUGAAUUUAACUUACGAUUAUGAAACAAAUGCAGAAUUAGUACAUAUUUGUUUAAAUCAAAUACGUAAAGCACAAACUUCAUUAAUAUUUCAUUAUACAUGGACGGUUUUUAUACAAUAUUUACAUACUUAUUAUAAUGUUUUAUGGAAUAUUUAA